AUGGCAGCUUCAUGCAGGGACAUUUGGUGGAUACAGGAUGGAGCCCCAGCCCAUCGCAGAAUCAUUGUCAGGAAUAGGCUUGCGGAGCUCUUCAACGAAAGGGUAAUCGCCACCUAUCAUCCUGUCGAGUGGCCUCCCAGAUCGCCCGAUCUCACGCCAUGCGACUUCUUUCUGUGGGGCUACCUGAAGAGCAAGGUGUUCACGAGCCCACCGCGUGACCUGGGAGAUCUGCGAAGGAGAAUCUUUGCUGAAGUCGAGUCUCUACGACAGCAGCCCCGUGUGACCUGUGAUGCCAUGAGAGCCAUGGCAUCCCGUGCAGAGUUAUGCGUAGAGAGAAACGGUGGUCAUGUUGAAAAACGCUGA